AUGGUUAUGUCCUUGUUCCGAUCUGUGUUCUUCAGAUCUGAGCUUGCUCUUCAGGGUCCGGGUGUUGCAACUUGGAGAAUCUCCAUCAUUGUUUGGCGGGUUGUUGUUCUUCAAGUGUGGUGUGUUCAUCAUUUUUGGGUGAAAACAUUCAUUGCCGUCCCCUUCGUCGUAACCAUGAGUUUGGCGUCUGUGGAAGGCGAUGUCACGUCCGGCGGCCGCGGCGGCUUCUCAUUGUGCAAUGGAGGUUUGGUUUCUGUUUGGGACUUAGGGUUGUUGGCUUGA